AGCUGGAACAUCUUCGGCAACGUCAGGCUGAGGCUGAAAUGGAGCUGGAGGAACUGAAGAAGAAGAGAGAGGAACGCCGUAAAGCCCGUGAAGAGGAGGAGCGGAGGAAAGAGGAAGAGGAACAGCAGAAAGAGGCCAAAAAAGAGGAGGAGAAGAGACAGAUGAAGGAGGAGAUCGAGAGGAGGAGGAUGGAAGCGGCAGAGAAGAGAAUGAAGAAUCUCAACACUUCCUCCACAGAUGGCGAUGAGUUAUUUAACACUCUUAACCCCAUUAGUCCAACUUUCAAGAUCACAGAGAGGACAGAGUCUUUGAAUCGAUCUCUAAAGAAAAGUAACAGUUUUAAGAAGACCCAGAGACCUGUGCUGCUGCCCAAGAUUGAUGACAAACUGGAGCAAUACACACAUGCAAUUGAGAGCUCCUCUAAAGAACCAAAGAUGACCAAGUCAGUGAUGGUGGACCUGCCCUGCGUCUCUACACCGGUGGCCUCUAAAAAAAACUUGUUUGAAGCUGGAGAGGCCUGGAAUCCAACCACCCCAAAAGGCACUCCUUCAAAGGAUACAGACUGUGUGAAAGUGGGAGUGGCAAACCUGAUCAAUCAAUGGGUGAAUGGAAGUCCAGAAGGUGGUAACAAAAACUGCCCUUCCACACCAUCUGAUGUUAAACCUGGGGAUGUUCUGCAGAAGAAGAACAUGUGGGAAAUUAUUGGAGAAGGUUCUGCAACCGAUAGGCCAGGAGGAAAGGGCUCCUCUCCGGGUUCACGGUACAAGUUUGUUGUGACAGGCCAUGGCAAAUACGAGAAGAUUUAAACUGAUGACGACCAUUACAGGGUCUACCCCAAUGGGAAAUCAAGUGAAGUUUCUAAGGAUGGCUUGUGAGGAAUUUAAUUCAGCAGCAAAAUAUUUCCUUGUCUGGGGUGAUUCACCAAGAUCUGUUUAUUUUAGCCUUAAAAUGACCUUCAGUAUAUAUACCACAGUACAUCAAAAAACUUUAACAUAAAUAAGUAACACAUUUCAUUACAUUUUACAUACUGUUCUGUCUUAAAUGUUUAAUCAUUGUUCUGUUUUUGACUGUUCUAAUGUUUUCUUCAGAAUAGAAAACUCAGUUUGCCACAUAUACAAUGUUAAGAGCUAACUAAUUCUCAGAAAUGUGACCAAUUAAUUGCCAUAUAUUAUAAAGAUCUUUUACUUUUGCCAAGUAUAUUCCCUGAGAAUUAAUAUUGAUAUUAUGCCCUUUUAUAAAAGUAUGAGUAUAAACGUAAUCUGAGUGUCACAUGUCAAAGAGUUAAGAUAGUACAAGAUGUUUGCUGCCGUCAUUUUUAUAUUGAUUGUCUAUGCUGGCCUUUUAUAUUCUGGAACACUGUUACUUUAAGAAAAGAAAAAAAAAUUCUACCACAUUAAAGAUUAAAUUGAAAUAAAUUUAAGGAUAAGGUAUACUUUUAUUUUCAGAACUACUUCUAAUGAAGUGGAAAUGUAUUAAGCUAAGUCUUACCUUGAGUAUUUACCAAUCUUUGCCUUCUCAAUCUUACUUCCCUGGUCUUUGUUAUAUUUGAUUAUAUUUCAUUUAUUUACCUCUCUCCUCAUGCUUUUUGUAGUUCUGCAUAAUGACUACACUCUCUUUGUUUUUCAAGAAAACACUGGAAUUAUUCCAUUUAUCAUAUUUAUAAUAUUAAUAUAAACAUGUUUGUUUAGUUAUUAUGUUUUAUUAUUUUGCGACCCAGUUGUAUAAAUAAUUGGGUGGUUAAAAUGGGAAUGUGACUUGUAAUCCUUAACUGCUUGUUUUACUUUCAAUAAAAGUGAUAUUUUGUAUGAUUCUUA